AACAUGGAGGUCGUAAAAAUUUUAUUGGUGUAAAAAUUGUAAUCUUGAAAAUGCCAAAGAAAGCGAAAAAAGGGAAGGCUUCAAAGGGGAAAAACGAAAGUAAAAAGAAAAAUGCUGAAGCAAAGAAGGAUGCCAUUCUCAAAGAUGCCACAGCAAAUGCAUUAUUUUGGGAGAGCAAACUUGAGUCGUCUGAAAGAAUUAAGCAAGAGUACAGAGACAACGCAAAGAAGCUCCUGGUAGAAAAUGAGACGUUGCAAAACAAGCUUGUGCAAGCAGAGAAGGACACAAUUCAAGUAAUUUCUUUUCUUAAAGCAGAGGAUAUCAAGAAGGAGGAACAGAUUGUGAAAUCUGAACAACAAUUAAAAGAAUGUAAAAAAAACUUGACUGUGGAAAAGGAUUCAUUGGUUGAAAAGUACACAGCACAAAUUCGUGAGUUGGAAGAAGCAUUAGAUGAAAAAACAAAUGAGGUGAGGCUAAUACAAGCCGAACUGAGACUGGUGAAAGAAUUUCGAAAGAAAAGGGCUCAGAUGCAACGAGAACUAGAUGAGAUUAAAGACAAUAUGUUUACAACUGAGAAGACACACAAGAAUAUUUUGGGCAGCAUGGAACAGAAAUUUUUUGAAGAAAAGAUACGUUUGCAGCAAGAAGCAAAUAGGAAGAUAGCAGAAUUGGCUGAAAGAGCACAUUCUGAGGCUGUACACAACUUGGAUGAGAUGACUCGCUCGGUGUAUAAGGAAAACGUCCGAAUCAAUGCAGCCCUUGAGUAUCACAUGGUGGAGUCAAAAGGGUUGAAAAAGAGGAAAGAACAUCUUGAGGUUGAAAAAAGAGAAUUGGAAAACGACAACGAAUUGAACGGAAUAAUAGUCCAAGAAAAAGUCGUCGAAUCUAAGCGGCAAAAGAAAACGAUCAAAGAGCUGGAAGAGAAGGUUGAAACACUGGAGAAGUCGUUGAGUCAUGUAAUUCGCGAGUUUGAAGUGGAAAGAAUGGCCAUUGUCAAAAAAUCUAAGGACGAUAACAAACAUGCAUUAGCUGAAGCGGCUCGUUUAACGAAAGUUGUGGAAUUGAAGACGAAAGAAAUGAACAGAGUGAAACGUCUGGCUAAGAACAUCUUGGAUCAGAGAAGUGAAAUUGAACAUUUCUUUUUGGAUUCUUUGGAAUAUGUUAAAGAAGAGAUUGCAAAAAACAGAAGUCAAUAUAGAAAAGAUGCUCAGGUCGCGUAUCAGGAGAGAAUGUUGGCGGCACAUAGCGGCCGAGGAGACUAUCCAAAGAUCAGGACUUUUAACCAGUGGAACACGAGCACAAACAGCGUGUUCGCGGACCUCAAGGAAGCUGAAAUGUGGACUGGACUCGAGGAGAAGGUGGAUAUCUCCGAGCUGACGUGGGAACAACGUGAACGUGUGCUCAGAUUGCUGUUUUCCAAGAUUAACGGACACAAGAGCAAACGCAGACGGCCAAUUCCCGCCCUGGAGGGUCAAGACGACUCAAAACUUUGUAUACCUGAGGUACCAGGAGAGAAAUCAGAAACUGUAAUUAUUGAAGAAAGAUCAACAGCGCAAGAUGCGGGAACAUUCAUAACACAACAGCCAUUCUUUCCUACUAUAUUAAACUCGAAAGAAGCGCCUGCCGUUGCCAGGUAGAUAUGUUUAGAGGCCAGGGGCCUAUACAUGCAUCAUCUAUGUGCGUAAGACGAACAAUAUUCAUCCAUUUGUAAGUUUCAUUAAAAUUUGUGCACAAAUCCCUCUGUAAAAUUAUU